UGCCCCUCCAAAAAAACACACACAAAAAAGAAAAAAAUAAAAUAAAAUUCCCCCAAAUUUAUUCAUUUAUUAUCAAAAAAACACAUAAUUAAUUUAUCAAAAAAUCUAAGAAAAACCAAAAAAAUGGCACAGAUUCAAGUGCAGACACCGCCACCGACCACAACCCCACCAACACCAACAACGUUGUCCGGCCCGAACAACGGUGUGGUGGCUGCAGCGGCUGCAGCGGCGGCUGUAGUGGCGGCGGGGAGUGGUAAUCAGAGUUUUGGAACGACGUCGCUUUAUGUAGGGGAUCUUGAGAGCAAUGUGACAGAUUCACAAUUAUAUGAUUUGUUUAAUCAAGUGGGCCAGGUUGUUUCUGUUAGGGUUUGUAGAGAUUUGAGUACAAGGAGAUCUCUUGGUUAUGGUUAUGUUAAUUAUAGUAAUUCUAAUGAUGCUGCAAGGGCUAUUGAUGUACUGAACUUCAAUGCUGUUAAUGGAAAGCCAAUUCGUAUCAUGUAUUCUCAUAGGGACCCAAGCAUCCGCAAAAGUGGAACUGCUAAUAUAUUCAUUAAGAACUUGGAUAGGUCAAUUGACAACAAGGCAUUGCAUGAUACAUUUUCCAGCUUUGGUAAUAUCCUCUCUUGCAAAAUUGCAACUGAUGGUGCAGGCCAGUCAAAGGGUUACGGUUUUGUGCAGUUUGAGGUUGAAGACUCUGCUCAAUCUGCAAUUGAUAAGCUUAAUGGUAUGCUGAUUAAUGACAAACAAGUCUAUGUUGGUCGUUUUCUUCGUAAGCAAGAGCGGGACUCUACUUUAGGCAGGACCAAGUUCAACAAUGUCUAUGUGAAGAACGUUUCCGAAACCACUACUGAUGAAGAUCUCAAAAAGACAUUUGGUGAAUAUGGAACAAUCACAAGUGCCGUUAUUAUGAGAGAUAGCGAUGGGAAAUCCAAAGGAUUUGGAUUUGUCAACUUCGAUAGUGCAGAUGAUGCUGCUAAUGCGGUUGACGCAUUAAAUGGGAAGAAAUUUGAUGAAAAAGAGUGGUUUGUUGGGAAGGCUCAGAAGAAAUCGGAAAGAGAGGUUGAAUUGAAGAAUCGUUUUGAGCAGACUGCUAAAGAAGCCAUCGAUAAGUUUCAGGGUGUUAAUUUGUAUGUCAAGAACUUGGAUGAUACUAUCGAUGAUGAGAAGCUUAAGGAACUUUUCUCUGAGUAUGGCACAAUCACUUCAUGCAAGGUUAUGCGCGAUACCAGUGGAAUCAGCAGAGGAUCCGGAUUUGUUGCCUUUUCUACAUCUGAAGAGGCUUCCCGAGCUCUUUCUGAGAUGAAUGGGAAGAUGAUUGUGAGCAAACCUCUCUAUGUUGCUCUUGCACAGCGUAAGGAAGAAAGAAGGGCAAGGUUACAGGCACAGUUUUCACAAAUGAGGCCUGUUGCAAUGGCACCUUCGAUGAUGGCUCCUCGUCCCAUGUAUCCCCCUGGUGCGCCAGGAAUGGGCCAGCAACUAUUCUAUGGCCAAGCUCCUCCUGCAAUGAUUCCUCAACAGGGUGGAUUUGGUUACCAGCAGCAGCUUGUACCCGGAAUGAGGCCAGGUGGAGUUCCUAUCCCAAAUUUUUUUGUACCAGUUGUCCAACAAGGUCAACAAGGCCAGCGGCUUGGUGGGAGGCGUGGAGGUGGUCCUGUGCAACAAAAUCAGCAACCUGUUCCAAUGAUGCAGCCACAGAUGCUUCCAAGAGGACGAAUGUUCCGUUAUCCUGGUAGGAAUGCAGCAGAUGGAAACAUGGGUGGAGGAAUGCUUCCGGUUCCUUAUGACAUGGGUGGUAUAUUGCCACGAGAUGGCGGUAUGCAGCAGUCAAUGCCUAUUACAGCAUUGGCAUCUGCUCUUGCUAAUGCACCCCUAGAUCAGCAAAGAUUGAUGCUCGGUGAGAAUCUGUAUCCAUUGGUCGACCAGCUGGAGCGUGAACAUGCAGCUAAGGUGACCGGGAUGCUUCUUGAGAUGGAUCAGACAGAGGUGUUGCACUUGCUGGAGUCACCAGAAGCAUUAAAGAAUAAGGUUGCAGAGGCUAUGGAUGUUCUGAGAAAUGUUCAACAGGUUAACAGUCCUGCUGCUCAGCUUGCUUCGCUAUCUCUUAAUGAAAACCUCGUUUCUUAGAUUGGUUCCUAGAAUGAAGGCAGUAGAUGUCUAGAUGAUGAGGUUUUAUUUUUAAAUUAUUUUUGCUGGAGUAUUUUUGAAGAUUAGAAACAUCAUUGGGAUGCCUUGGUUCUUAUGGAUUGUGGUGUUACUUUUGAUGUGUGGUUUUUGUUUAAUUUAAGUUCUGAACCUUGUUUA